CGGGUGCUCACGUGCGUCAGGACGGAAGCGUCCCAGGGCGGGGUCGGCAGAGGGACGCGAAUUUCAGCUGCGUCACAAUCGAACUAGCCUCCCAAAUCGCUUUUCUCCCGGACUAGUCACGAUGACUCGCAGAUUCCGGGCUUAGUGUAUGACACUAAAGUAGUUUUGGGUGCGAUUUAGAGCGGGCCGAUGCCAGUGCGCAUGCGCAUAGUCGUUCUGACCAACCCAGGGUUGAAUUUUCUCGGAGAAAGACAGGCCGGCCAUCAGGAAAACAAACAAGCCUCAGCAACAUCUAAGCCCUUGAAAGGAUCCUGAGAGGGGGGAAAGGGAAAACAGCAGCCACCAGCCCAACCACUUGUGUCUUCUACCCUUUCCCACCUAUCUUGCCCACCCCACCAGCCCACGCUGCUUGGGACUUGAAAUCUGUGGCCGAAGGACCGUCACUACAUAACUUCAAAAAUAAUCAACCACCCUCCCCCCCAAACCCACCCAAUCUCACUCAUCCAGCGUUUCCUUUUUGGUAUCCACUCAGGAUUUUUUUAUUCAACGAACCCCCCUCCCUAAAUGGAGUUGGGUGGGGGGAAUGUGAAUACUGAGUUGGUCUUUACUUUUUUAAGAGACUUUUUGAUCCAAUGAGGCCCCCCAAGUAAUUGAGUUUGGGUCCUGGUUGGUUGUUUUAUUUUUUUUCCUCCAAAAUUUUACCCCUCCCCCCUGAGCCCGAGGUGCUGACGUCGCAAAAAAAUUGGAUAAAACCACCAUCAUGGGUUCAGGUCCCAUAGACCCCAAAGAACUUCUCAAGGGCUUGGAUAGCUUCCUUACUCGGGAUGGAGAAGUGAAGAGUGUGGAUGGAAUUGCCAAGAUCUUCAGUCUGAUGAAAGAAGCACGAAAGAUGGUGAGUCGAUGUACGUACUUGAACAUCAUCCUGCAGACCCGAGCCCCAGAAGUGCUGGUCAAGUUUAUUGAUGUUGGUGGCUACAAGCUUCUGAACAACUGGCUAACAUAUUCAAAGACAACCAAUAACAUUCCUCUCCUGCAGCAGAUACUGCUGACCUUGCAGCACCUCCCACUUACUGUGGACCAUCUCAAGCAGAACAACACAGCAAAACUAGUGAAGCAGCUGAGCAAGUCAAGCGACGAUGAAGAGCUCCGAAAAUUGGCCUCAGUUCUUGUCAGUGACUGGAUGGCUGUCAUCCGCUCCCAAAGUAGUGCCCAGCCUGCGGAGAAAGAUAAGAAGAAACGGAAAGAAGAGGGAAAAAGCCGAACUGUGCUUCCUGAGCGACCUUUGACUGAGGUGAAGGCUGAGACCCGGGCUGAGGAGGCCCCAGAGAAGAAGAAGGAAAAGCCCAAGUCACUGCGAACCACAGCACCCAGUCAUGCCAAGUUCCGCUCCACUGGACUAGAGCUGGAUACCCCAUCUUUGGUGCCCGUGAAGAAAAACUCCAGCACUGUGGUGGUGUCAGACAAGUACAAUCUGAAGCCCAUCCCCCUCAAGCGGCAGAGCGCCACAGCUGCUCCAGGAGAUGCUGCCCCACCUGCAGAGAAGAAGUACAAGCCCCUCAACACAACCCCCAAUACCACCAAAGAAAUCAAAGUGAAGAUCAUCCCCCCACAGCCUAUGGAGGGCCUGGGUUUUCUGGAUGCUCUCAAUUCAGCCCCUGUCCCAGGCAUCAAAAUUAAGAAGAAAAAGAAGGUGCUGUCGCCUACUGCUGCCAAGCCCAGCCCUUUUGAAGGGAAAACAAGCACUGAACCAAGCACGGCCAAACCUUCUUCCCCGGAGCCAGCACCCCCUGCUGAGCCCAUGGACACAGACCGCCCUGGCACCCCAGUGCCACCUGUGGAAGUUCCCGAGCUCAUGGAUGCAGCCUCUUCAGAGCCAGGAGCUUUGGAUGCAAAGCCAGUGGAGAGUCCUGGUGAUCCCAGCCAGCUGACUCGGAAGGGCAGAAAGAGGAAAACUGUGACAUGGCCUGAGGAGGGCAAGCUGAGAGAGUAUUUCUACUUUGAACUGGAUGAAACUGAACGAGUGAAUGUGAACAAGAUCAAAGACUUUGGUGAGGCAGCUAAGCGUGAGAUACUGUCAGACCGACAUGCUUUUGAGACAGCCCGGCGACUAAGCCAUGACAACAUGGAGGAGAAAGUGCCUUGGGUGUGUCCCCGGCCUCUGGUUCUGCCCUCACCUCUUGUCAUCCCUGGAAGCAAUAGUCAGGAGCGAUAUGUCCAAGCUGAGCGGGAAAAGGGCAUCCUUCAGGAGCUCUUCCUGAACAAGGAGAGUCCUCAUGAGCCCGAUCCUGAGCCCUAUGAGCCCAUACCCCCGAAGCUCAUCCCCUUGGAUGAGGAGUGUUCCAUGGAUGAGGUACCAUAUGUUGAGACCCUGGAGCCUGGGGUUUCUGGUGGCUCACCUGAUGGGGCAGGAGGCUCCAAGCUGCCUCCAGUUCUGGCCAAUCUUAUGGGAAGCAUGGGAGCUGGGAAGAGCCCCCAGGGCCCUGGAGGAGGAGGUAUCAAUGUCCAGGAUAUCCUCACCUCCAUCAUGGGCAGUCCAAACAGCCACCCUUCAGAGGAACUGCUGAAGCAGCCAGAGUACUCAGACAAGCUCAAGCAGAUGCUGGUGCCUCAUGGACUUCUAGGUCCUGGUCCUGUAGCCAAUGGCUUCCCACCAGGAGGCCCUGGGGGCCCCAAGGGCAUGCAGCAUUUCCCCCCUGGUCCUGGAGGGCCAAUGCCAGGUCCUCAUGGAGGCCCUGGUGGACCUGUGGGUCCACGUCUCCUGGGUCCCCCACCCCCUCCUCGGGGAGGUGAUCCCUUCUGGGAUGGCCCAGGUGACCCCAUGCGAGGUGGCCCAAUGCGUGGGGGUCCAGGACCUGGUCCUGGACCAUACCACAGAGGCCGAGGAGGUCGUGGAGGAAACGAGCCGCCACCACCCCCUCCAUUCCGAGGAGCCAGAGGAGGUCGUUCUGGAGGAGGACCCCCAAAUGGCCGAGGGGGUCCUGGUGGAGGAGGCAUGGUUGGAGGUGGUGGGCACCGACCCCAUGAAGGCCCUGGUGGGAACAUGGGCAGCGGCAGCGGACAUCGACCCCAUGAAGGCCCUGGUGGAGGGAUGGGCAGUGGACAUCGUUCCCAUGAAGGCCCUGGAGGAGGAAUGGGUUCUGGUGGUGGCCAUCGAUCUCAUGAAGGACCUGGUGGAGGGAUGGGCGGUGGACAUCGUUCCCAUGAAGGCCCUGGAGGAGGAAUGGGUUCUGGUGGUGGACAUAGACCCCAUGAAGGCCCUGGACAUGGGGGACCUCAUGGCCACCGGCCACAUGAUGUCCCUAGUCAUCGAGGCCAUGACCAUCGAGGGCCACCACCUCAUGAACACCGUGGUCAUGAUGGCCAUGGGGGAGGCGGCCACCGAGGGCAUGAUGGAGGCCACAGUCAUGGAGGAGAUAUGUCAAACCGCCCUGUCUGUCGACAUUUCAUGAUGAAGGGCAACUGCCGCUAUGAGAACAACUGUGCCUUCUAUCACCCGGGGGUCAAUGGGCCCCCAUUGCCGUAGGCCUGCCUGCCCCACCUGCACCCCUGUGGACUGCAGCCUUGCUCCUUCCACUCUUAUGGCUUCUGUGAGGCCUACUUCCCCUUCUCCCCAGCUGAUGAGGAGCCGGCCCCCUCAGUUCCCACCUGGUUGGGUUCCUGGGGGUUUCUGAUCACUGGUGCGCAUUGAUGUACAUAUUCCCCUCCAGUCUGGAGAGGAGAGAGGCUGGACACACUCUAUAUGCUGGACUGCUGAGACGGCUGGCUUCACUUUGUGAGGAGAAUUGCCCUGUGCCCUAAACCCCUUCCAGUAUUAGCCCCAAUGCCUGAGAACCUAAAGCUGGUCACCCUGGAGACCUCUGCUCUCCACUUGCACACGGAACUGAGUUGGUCAGCUGCACUUAGGAAACCAAGCCAAGCUCAUUAUCCCCAUGGGGUGAGGGGUGGUGAGGGGUACCAUAUAUCCCACUGCACUGAGGGCUCAAGCUAGCUGGAAUUGAGUUCUGGAACCACCCUCUCUUGUGCCCCACAUGGGCCAGUCACCAUUGAGCCCUUUCUCAAGGAAGACUGGAACUGUUAGUACCCAAGUCACUGCGGGUCUGCUAGGUUCAGUGAUGGCACAUCCGUAUUCAUAUACAGUUAAAAUUGUAGCUGUCAGAGGGGAGGCCUGCAGUCUUAGGCCACUCUUGCCUGCAGCCAUUUUAGAGACUCCAUUGAACACUUCCGUGAGACCAGCUUUCAUCAACUUCAAGCGGGCGCACUGGGCCUGACGCACGACAUGCACUGCCUUUGGGAAUGGGCUUGCUCCUUACCCCAUGUGGACCCCGUCAGUGUGAGGCUGCUUGGGUGGAUUCAGCAGGAGUGGCCCUGUCCCAGUCCUCUCCUUCCCCUGUCUUGGCAUCAGUUGUUUUCUAUGAAAACAGUGGGUUGGUUUUGUGCAGGGUCUUGGGUUAGAACCACAAUGGAUUUGAGGAGUUUUUUCUUUUGAUUUUGUAUAUUUUGUACAUUAAUAAUAAACAGUGGAAAGAGAAGCAGCUUAUUUAA